AAUUCCUAAAGUUAUAUAUCUAAUGCAUUAUUGUACACAAUAUCGCAUGAUCAGUAGGUAUUUAAAAUAAAUUUUGUAUGUAACAACUUGAAAGUAAGUAGAUUCAUUAGUUUGACACGCUAAAUUUAUUUUGAAAACAGAUGUUAUCACUAAAUAUAUCUCAAUUAUCCCUACUCCCCAUUUUACAGAAUCACGCCCCUGGAAAUGCACCAUUGGUUAAAUCUAACUUCAGCUUCCCAAAAGUGUUAAGAUGUGACUUUGAAGUAUAGGUAAACCGAAACUCAAUUUACAAACUACAUCGCCAAAGAGUGACUACCUAAACAAAUAGCGAAAUUAUCGAUACACGCGCCGAAAAUAUUGCAAAAUGAAUGAGAGUUUGUGCACGGAAUCCCAAGAUGAUAAAAAAGUGAAAAGCAACAAUUUUUCGAUCGAAUCGAUUUUGUCGAAAAUUGACAGCGGUCGCGAUCUCGACUACCAUCACACGGAAAGUGAGUGUCAAAUGUCUAGUGUGCAAAAGCUUUGUGCGACUUCCGAAUCGGGUUAUUCAGAAAGCAAUGAAGUUGAGUUUAUCGAUGAAAAAGUAAACGACGCAAGUGAAAACGACUCUUCGUCGGCAAGUGAAAAUCGAUUGAAUAAGUUUUCCAAUGAUAUCGCAUAUUUCGACUGCCGUUCGGAUGAUGAUCGCAAGAAGAGGCCACGAACUGCAUUCACUGCGUCACAAAUAAAGUCACUAGAAGCAGAAUUUGAGAAAAACAAGUACCUCUCGGUGGCAAAAAGGAAUCAACUUUCAAAAACACUCAAACUUACAGAAACCCAAAUUAAAAUAUGGUUUCAAAACAGGCGAACGAAAUGGAAACGAAAGUACACGAACGACGUGGAGCUUUUAGCGCAGCAGUACUACAACUCGAUGGGUUUCUUCGUUCCACGACCCAUUUUCCUUGGUGAUCGACUGUUUUUCAACUGUCAAAAUCAGACAACGAUGAGCAACUUAAACCACUUUGUACAACCAUCAACGAGCAUUGUUCCACUACCUCAAACGGCACUUCCACAUGUCAGUCCACAAGUUUCGCAGUCCUGCAGUCAACAUUACGUCAGCUUUCAAGACCCUAUGCCUGAAACGCCGGCUAUACUGCAGCUUCAAAAUUUUGGAAGGCAUUUUGAUAAUUCGUAGUUGCGUGCUCGUUGGUAAUUUAUAUUUCAAUAUUUUUUAUACUUAAAUCCGUACUUUAUGCAUUUACAUAUCAAAGAAAAUACAAAUGUUAGAGCGUU